GUCAGAUGCAGGUAAGCAGUCCCUAUAUGGUCGGGAGAGUCCCGAUUUCCUAACAAAUGUCCCGCGACCCGAUGCAUACAAAGAAAGUCCCGCUAUUUACCCAUUGAAAAAAAAACAAAACAUUUAUUCUGCACAGUAGUUACUAGUAAUGAAAACCACACGCUGUGCUCUAUGCGGCUACAUCUGCUGAUCACUAACUUACCUGUAUACAAAGGUAAGAACGCUUCAUUAUGUCAAUUUUUACUGUCAUGAUGGUCGUGUAGUGUUGAAUCGUGGGAUACGUCUGUUAUAUGAUAAUAUAUAUGAUCAGCGUUCUGCUUAACAGUUUCCUAAUGUUGGCAAAUAUGGAGGUAGUUUCAUCUAUCUCAACCGCUGAGUCCCGAACUAGUUUGGGCGGAAGCCCCUUAGUACCCAGAUGCAACGUCACUGCAUUUUGAAAUUUUAACUACAACAAUGGCGGACGCAAGCGAUGCGAGAGGGGAUAGUUUUUAUUUUUAUGUAUACCAAAAAAGAACAUGUGUGUUUACCUUAGGAAAACGAUUAAAUUAGAGCACGUAUUAAUGUAUGGUCGGAAAGUGCCAUACAGGAACAAUUGCAUGGAGCAAUAAGAAAUGUAAAAGUUUGAAAAGAUCGCGAAAAUCGUGCACGAGAAAUGAUUGCAUUGGACUGCAAUACAGUGCUGUGACAAAAUAAAUGAACUAAAAAUACAGUACAAAAAGGUUAAAGACGCCAGCAACAAACGUGGCAACUGCAGUACUUCCUGGACAACAUACUGGGGUGCCGUAAGUACACGCUCUGGAAGGUAUAUUGUUUGUUCCAGUCUGGCGGAGGACGAUUUUGCAACACGAGGUGUCUGAUAUUUGGUAAUGAUCUGCCAGGAUCCUUACAGAUGUAAAAAACGUGAUCACAUCACCUCCCCGUCUUGCCCAGCUGCACUGGCUACCUGUAAAGGACUGUACUGCAAAAGUAAAGCUUCACUUGACGUAUUUCGAAGACCCCAAUCAUUUGAGGCUCAGCCCUUUCAAAGUGUGAACAUCUCCACAGUAAUGAAGUGUAAAAAAGAAAGAGAUUGCUUGCUAUAUCUAAAUGUUAAUGGAACUUUACAGCUUGAUGAGAAUAUGCAGGGGGUGGAAAUAUGUUCCCUUACACUUUCUACCCUCAGGCGUCAGUGCAGAACGGUCAGAUUCAAGAAAACUGAAAGUAUGAAGCUUCAUGGGCAGCAGGUGCAUGUGCAGUACAACUGUUUUGAAGUUGGGAUUGCCCAACAGAUUAUUGUAACGCUAAAAACAAUCCCAGAUGGAAACACGCAAACUAUGGAGUACCAUGUUCAGGACUGCAAUAAUGGAGAUAUAAGAGGGAACAUUCCAAUAUGCAUAGCUGGAAAACUAGAUUACUCAGUUGAUCAAAAAGAGAAGCUGGUUUCUGUGCACGUCUCAGAGUUUCUUGAAGACAAUGACUAUCAUUUGAGGUUAUGUCAUAAAUGGCAUUCCUGUGAAAGUACUGGAGCUUAUGUACUGAUCAAAAGGGAGGACCCUGUGAAAAAGGUGACCUUGCCAUAUUCCAAGUUGGUGCCCUGUCUUUGCAUUGAGGGAUGGUCUUCAUUUCCAGAUUCAAGUAGAAUACAACUGUGUCCAUUUAAAAAAAAUACUGAAGAACUCUGGAGUGGAAUAACCUACAACCCAAUAUCGCAGGAGCUAGUUUGGGAGUUGGCCUGUCCCAUUGAAGUUAGGGUGAGCCUUUGUUGGACAACAGAACACAUUCAUAACUGCACUGACCUUCCAAACUCUUCACAAACAGUGCAGAACAAAAUUAAAUAUGUUGGCAUUGACUCGCAUCCAAGACUGUGCGUAAAGUUUACAACCAAGAGUGGGUCAUGGAUAAGAUGUCCUUUUGCAAAUGGAUAUUUUCCAGUUUGGAACAUGAAGGUGGUUUUAACACCAGACCAGUACCAAGUAGUCAUCACAUCAGCGAUGGAUGUAGUGGUUUCUUUAACUCUGUGCAACAGGACUGCACAUUCGAUCUGCCAUCCUUUAGGAAAGGAUCGAGUGUUAAUCCAUGUAAACAAGUCAAAUCCAGUAACAGCUAACCUAACCAGAGAAAUGUGCCAGUCGAAUAUUUGUAUCCAGGGAAGGAGGGUAGAUGUCAAGUAUUCCAUACCAGUUCAAACAUGUGAAUUACAAUGCUCACUCAUAGUUCCUCAUUCAAAGGAUGGCAGAACAUUUGUCUGGGUGGUGACACUGUCAUUUGCAAUACUGACUGUUGUGGUUGUGGCAGCUCUUGUUGGGCAUGUAACAUUAACAGUUUUUCAGAGAAAAAAUAUGGGUUUAGAAGGCAGUCGGAAAGUGACAGUUCAACCUUUAAAACAAAAUGCAGGCUACCCACGUCAGCCAAGAGUGUCCCUUCUCUACUCUGCAGAUGACAAUAGUCAUGUUAGCUUGAUUACAGCAUUUGCAACAUUUCUCACUGAUCUUCAGUAUUGUACUUCCCUUACUAAUUUAAAAUAUAAAUCUAUAACACAGGAAUUCCUGGGGGGUCCUGAUGGUGUUGUAAUUCUUGUUUGGUCCAAGGGGUGUAAUAAGCCUGUUAUUAAGAAUACAUGCAAUCCUGUUCUGCCAAAUGCAAUGAACUCUGUGCCUUUAAAAUGUGUUAGGGUUGAUAUUGUCACCUACUUCAGGGAUACUGUGAAGACAUCUGACAUUCCUAGCAUGUUCGAUGCUAUACCUAUAUGUAAACUGAAGGAACAUUUCACUGCAUUAAUGAAACAAUCCUGGAUCGAGCCUCAAAAUGCAAUGGUGCAUCAUGAUCUAGUGCUCUCUUUGAAGGGAUAUAGAAGCAGACAGUCACCUAAACAAUUGGCGAUAGAGAUUCAGGACGAUAGUGAAUUUGAAGACAGCGUUGCAGAGUGCCCAGAUGACGAAGAAACUUUACUGAGACAGAAAGGUUGUUAAGCCUGUUCCUUGAAAGAUGAGUGCAAAUGCAAACAUUGCAGAAAGGGACCAGGGUGUUCUAUCAUUUCACCAGUUCCUUUCAAAAUGUUUUACUCAAAUGUAUUUUACUAGUGUUACAUGUACCGUAUAUUUUGUGCCUGUGUUUAAUACAAAUAAAAACACACUAGCAUGUAUUAUAUUAAAUAGGUCUGUCUACAGUAGUGCUGUGCACCACUACAAAAGAAAGGAUUGCUUUAUAAAUAAUAAAAAAAACAAUGAUGAAUGG